AUGCACCCCCUCUCGGUCGUCAGCUUUGCCAUCUUCGUAGCCGGCUACAUCACCGCUCGAUGGGACCUCGUUACGCGCCUCUAUGAGCUUGCCAUCUUUGCCUGGGACCACGGAGUCGUUCAACGCGCCGCCAAAGGGUUCGCUCUCUUGACGCUCCUUUACUGCUUCAUCUUCAUACCCGUGGAACGUCUUGCGACGAGAGAAGCUACUCUGGCGGGGUUCUUUCUGAUCGCGCUGCGCGAACUCGCGACUGUCAUGCAAGGAAGCGAUGGCUUGAUGAGGAUAUUUUGGCCCACAGACAUCCAGAGGUCAGAGCUGCCGGGCGUCGUUGUGGGUUGGCGCAACUCCCCUCUGGAUGUCUUUGUCGUUGCGGUGCUGGACCACGUCGACCCGGGCCAUGUCGAGUUCGCCUUCAAGGUCGGAACGCUGUUCCGCAACUCCCCUCAUCCCGUCAGCCAUAUCUACGAACGGUGCGGACAUGCCUCGAUGCAUGUACUGGGACUGACGAAUGCUGGCGAUGAUGUUGUGCUGGACCCCUUCCUCAUCUCAGCCGUGACAGCAAGUGGCUGGAGGGUGCCGCAGAUCACAUGCGCCAAGGCUACGAGCAUCCAGAUCAUUCUCUACGACCGACCUCUGCCCAGCAAGAUGCAGUACAUAUCUUUGCGACCGAUAUCGCUUGCUCUCGGGGACAACGCGCCAAGUGCCGAAGAAGUCGAGAGCGAAUUGGAGCACGAGCGCCUGGAGAACCGGCAAAAGGAGCAGAAGCGCAAGCUCGUCGAGAAGCUGAAGCAACACAUCAUAGUCAAGCGCUCGCCAUCGUUGAAGGAGAAGGCAUUGCCCAAGAUCAUCAGUCAGGUCAAUUGGGCUUACGAGCUUGAGCGCCUUCUUCAGAAGAACGUUUCACGCAUAGGAACCCGCCCUAAGCGAGCGCUCAGUGUGUCGGAGCGUGUGGCAGAGCACGCGGAGACGAUGAGGAACUACGUGUGGGAUCUCGUCGUGCUGUACCUGUUUCCUGUCAUCCAAUGGGGAUUCGUGUACAUGCUGAUGGGGCAUCGAGCCGUCGCCGAGGUGCUGCUGCGUAUCCUUGAGUGGCGUGCGCGACCUCACUACGCGGCCCUCAAGGACAUAUCGGCAACUGCGCAGCAAGUUGAGAUCCGGUUACAACAGUUUUGUUAUUGGCCGAUACAGUACAGGACACUUCGGCAGCGCAAGGACAACUGGGAGAGCAUCACCACAAGCCACCCGGACUACAUACGCUUCUACAAUAGCCUUUGGCUGGUCGCAAACGAUGUCAUCAUUGGCAUCGCCCUGGGUUCCUACAUCAUCGACAACGGAGAGUGGGUCGCAGGUACGAUCGCGCAGUUGCUGCAGACGUACACCGUCGAGGCCUUGCGGAGAAGCAUCUCGUGGCUCAUGGGUUACCCGGCUGGCCUGAAGCUCAACCGUGAGCUGGCUUUGUUCCUUGGCGACCUGUUUCUCUGGGUCAUUGAGUAUUGGUCAGGGUGUAUUGUUAUUACCCAGAAGAUGCUUCCACAUGUCGUGUGGUUUGUUGGCUUCUCCAGUUUCGCCGGGGCGAGCAUGCCAAUCGCUGUGGUGUCCGACCUCCUUUCGCUUCUGACUGUCCACAUACACUGUUUCUACAUGGCGUCCGCACGCAUUUUCCACUGGCAGCUGACCAUCCUCAUCUCGCUUUUCCAUCUCUUCAGGGGCAAGAAACACAACAUCCUCCGAAAUCGUAUCGAUUCUUGCGACUACGACCUCGACCAGCUGCUCGUCGGCACCAUCCUUUUUACCGUCCUCUUCUUUCUCCUGCCGACCGUUGUCGUGUUCUACCUCAACUUUGCCGUGGCUCGCAUGGUCAUCAUCAGCUUGAAAGCGGUCCUCGACACUCUCCUAUCCUGCCUAAACCAUUUCCCUCUCUUUGCUCUCAUGCUGCGGGUCAAGGACCCUGGACGCCUGCCCGUGCACAAGCCCAUACCCCUCACCUUCGGCGCCAUGUUCCACCAGUAUUUCCAAAUGGGCAAUCGCAUCCGCAAGCACUAUCUCUCGCCGCGCGUGCUCUUCUCCCUCCUCACAGGCCAAUUCGUCCCGCCCAUUAAUCGUAGAAACCUGUAUAGCUUGCAGUACAGCAUGCUGCCGAAUCAACGCCCAACCAUUCGUGAGAUGUGGAACGCCGUCACAGCACCAUCACCAGGUGCUAAGAAACCGUUGCCCUUCAUCGUCAACGGGCGGCGAACCUGCAUGCUUCUCCUCCCCGCGUCCUCCAUCUUGGUCUUCACGUCGUUGAUCAUGCGCACUUCCUCACCCUCGCUCAGCACCAUGUUCUUCCGCCACGCCAGGCGCGCCCACAUCCGCCGCCACGAGGGCCUGCGUGCCGAUGCCUGGAUCCAGCCUGCGUCGCGCGCACCCCGGGCGCCGGGAUCCUCCGUCCCCGGCUCGGCCGCCCCGUUCCACAGCCCGAAGAGGAGGCCGUCGCAGACCGCAACCUGCGCCUGCUCCGGCGCCAGCGUCAGUGGUUCUGCGCCGUAG